UGUUAUUUAUAGUAUCAUGCACCCUGUAUAAUUGUUUAAAAAUUAAUCAUGACGUUUGGACAAAGAUAUAAGGGAACAACUAUAUUAAUUCUUGGAAGCCCAUGGAACAUGGAACUGGAACUCUUGCAAACUGACAUCUGACAUUUCAAAUGACCCUGAUAUUUAAAGACUGUACUGUUGUGACAUUUAGGACUUUAAAGUAAAGCAAAGCACCAUAAAUAGAAAUUUGUUGAGUUGUCCGACAAUGUAAGAUCCAAAUCCAAUCGGUUUUUUAAUGCCAUAUAAUUUAUACAAACAAAUAAUGCAUGUCUAAUUACAAAUGAUUCUUUUCAAGACUUAUAGAUAAGAAUAUUUAUAGAUAAGUGUAGGAGAACCAAUGAGGAAUUAAAAUCAUUAUAUACAUAUCUUAACAUAUUUUGAUAUUUUUUAUAUGAAUCAUCUACAAUUUAAGAAGGUUAAGAAAUGGAAAACGGGAACACGAGCAGAGACCUAAGAAAUAAGGAUAUUAAUUGGUCCAGAUAUGGACUUGGAACAGAGGCAGCCAGGGUUAGGGGUAACACAAGCGGUUUUGUUGAUCUGUCAAAUGACUAUGGUGCUGGGGGUCAUCAAGCAUCAGGGGCUAAUGAACUAUUUGCAGAGGAACAAGGAGAUGUGCCUUGGUGGAAAUCUAACUUUUUUAUAUCCCAACCGGUUUUGUUUGGAACAUGGGAUGGUGUUUUCACAUCUUGCUUAAUUAACAUAUUUGGUGUGAUAGUAUUUUUAAGAUCAGGAUGGAUUGUAGCACAAGCUGGAGUAUUUAGUGGCAUUUCUAUAGUUUUAUUCUCAGUGAUCACUGCCUUGAUAUCAGUGCUUUCAGCAGUAGGAAUAUGUGAAAGAUGUAGAAUAGAGUCUGGAGGAGUCUAUUUUGUUGUAGCACAUACUCUUGGAUCAAGAUUCGGGGGAUCACUUGGUCUAUUAUAUUGUUUUGGCCAGGCCGUUGGUUGUGCACUCAAUGUUCUUGGUUUCGGAGAAUCAAUGGCUGAACUGAUCGGUCUUGGUGACUCAAAAUGGGCCGUACGAAUAGUUGCCAUAGCAGCUGUACUCCUUUUAAGCAUUAUCAACGUGGCAGGAGUUAAAUGGGUUAUUAAAUUGCAGUUUAUACUGCUGUUGAUAUUGCUUUCAGCCGGGCUAGAUUUUAUGGUUGGCAGCUUUGUACAUACAGAAGAAGAUAAAGGUGUGGAAGGUUGGGUCAGCGACAAUAUGGAGAAAAAUAUGUGGUCAAACUAUACCGAAGGCUACAGUUGGUUUACAGUUUAUGGAGUAUUUUUCCCCACAAUAACUGGAGUUCUAUCUGGUAUCAACAUGAGUGGAGACUUAAAAGCACCAUCGACGAACAUCCCAAACGGCACAUUAGCUGCAAUCGGAACAGCAACCUUUCUCUACCUCGUUUUUAUAUUGUUCUUGGGAGCUACGUGCACAAGAGCUAUUCUUUUAACGAAUUUUAUGAUAGCCGAAGAUGUAUCUGUCAUUGGAGUUUUAUUUUUAGCUGGGCUUUAUGUGUCGUCUAUGUCAAGUUGCUUGGGAGCUAUGUAUGGCACCCCUAGAGUACUACAGUCAAUUGCUUUAGAAAAUGUUAUACCUGGAAUAGGAUCACUCGGAAAAGGGAGAGGACCAAACAAAGUGCCCUUAUAUUCAAUGGCUGUAGUAGCUAUUGUGACUUUUACUUUUAUAUUUAUUGGGGAGAUAAAUACAUUAGCUCCCAUAGUAACAAUGCCUUUUCUAUUAACGUACGCUUGCAUCGACUAUGCUUACUUCGCCCUAGCACAAACGUUUGAUAUACAACACCAAAGGGAACAGAGAUUCCACAGGCCCAGGGUCCAGCAGACUUUAGUUAGCGAAGACAGUGAUUUGGAUAGACUUUUUCCUGAACGCACAAGACAUAAAAAUCUCAGGGGUGAAUCGAGUUCAAAUUCAAUAAGUAGUCCUGAAGAAAGUAGUGAACAGACACCUAUAGCACCAAAAAUCAAUAUUCACUCCAAGCAGAAAAACUGGUAUUCAAAUUUGUGUAAUAGGUGGCUAUCUUUAUUUGGCGCGGCCUUCAAGAUAGUAAUAAUGCUGCUAGUUAACUGGUACUAUGCUCUCGCUUGUAUGAGUGUAGUCUUUUUAGUGUGGUUGUAUAUAGGAACAGCUAACCCUGCUGUUAAACCAGGACUAGCCUUCGAGUUCCACUUUUUCAGGUGGCUAAAGAGUCUAAUACUCAGAUGCAUGGGAAGGCGUGUCACGGAUUACGAACAAAUCAUCGUCACUCCAGUUCAUCCCGGCUUGGACGUGACCUCUUCUCAGUUAAAUGAAGACAAUGAAGACUUUUCAAAUAGAAGACGAUAUCAUCAAUCAGCCACAGUGCACGGUCAUUUGGUGAAUAUCGUUGAUUAAUUCAUUUGGCUGUUAUACUUGGAAGUUUCUGGAGUUUUUAUUUUAUAGUUUUUUAAUGUACUAAAAGCCAAAUAUCAGUUGCUAAGAUUUUAUAUUUUUUUUAUUAAUACAAUUUCUGCUACGCACUUGAAAUGUGAUGUAUAUGGUUAGUUAUAUGAAAAAUCCGAUAUAGUCAGAUCAGUGAAUCUGUGAAUAUUUGUAUAUUUCUUAUGAUUCGGUGUGAUUUUGACGAUUUUUUUAUAUAAAUUUUUAAAUAUUGAAUAUAAUGUGAGCGUGUAAAUAUGUACUUAUAUUUUCUAAACAAUUAGAUUUUCCAGUUGACAACAUCGAUUUUUUUCAGCAUUCUGUGUUACCCCGUCUGUCCACUCCAGCUUUGAUCUACGCCGUCUUCUCAUUCUCACCCGUUGUGCUGUUAGAAUCUUUUUAUCAUAAUAAAUCCACAAGGAAAAAGUUUUCCUGUAGUUGGCUGUAUACCAUAUAAUACAAAAAACAGUAAAAUCAUAUAUAAAAGGUACAUUUAAAAUCCCUCAAAAGGGCCACAUCAAAAUCACAACAUAUCUAGUUUUCGACUGGUUUACCAGUCAUCAUCAGUGUUUACCUAAAAUGAAUAUAGCCUGAUAAAAUAAUGCAAAGAUAUUGAAAUUUUGACUACGGUUAAGAAAGUUAUACUCACGUGCAAUGUACAUGCUAACCACCAAGAUAUUGUUUGACAAAAAUAUGUGGGUCAAAGCCCAGUAAAAGUUGUCCGUCAAGGAAACAUUGGUUUAAAAUGUUACAUCAAACUAGGAUGUUUAAAAUAUUUGGCUAAUCUGCACCAGGUAACAUCUGAGCUUUGGUUAUGACUUGUUCACAUGUUAAAAGUAUGACGGCAAGUGACAAUGAAAUGGAUAGAGACCUCCGAACGAUGACAAGGACAAGACAGAAAUGACAGUUCCACAGGAAGUUGAAAAUUAACCUGUCAUAUUUAAAGACUAAGGUGUACAGCUUGUUAAAAUUAGAAAUGAUGUAACAACACACUCCAUUGUGAAAAUUAUCAUUUAAAAUUCGUUGUUAUAGUUAAAAAUUUUAUUCACGUAUACUUUAGUGGAGUUAGUUAGGCAAACCACAUUACACAAAAGUUUAGUAUUCAAGAACUGAAUUCAGUAAUAAAAUCUUAUUAUCAAGAGAUCUAAGAUUUAAAAAAGUAAUUUUGUGUUGAUUUAAAGUUAUCGAAUUUAUUUAACUUAUUGGUAGCUGUUGGAAUUUGUGUAGGUAAGUGUGUAACAGAUCACAAUGGGGGUGACUGAGGUGUAAAAAUGUCUUAAAUAAUCUAGGGGGAUGUAUCAUUAAGAAAGCACAAGCUGCAACUUAGGCGACUAAUUCCUAAAGACUUCGCAAGCUGCCCGGAUCCCUAAGGGUCCAAAAACCAAAACCGUAAUAGGAUGAUGAUAAUAGGGGCUGGGGGGUAAGAGAUGUCUGUGAGGAAAUUAGCGAGAAAGGAACAUGAACGAGACCCAAAAAGAAAAUUAGACUUUUGAUUUGGUUUUACUAUAGAUGAAUGGUAUAUGUUGGUAAUGAUAGAUUGAACAGGUAGGAUGAGAAUAGCCAUAUGUAGAAAUAUGGUGGUGGGAUGUAUGUAGAUGAAAAUUUGUAAAAUGUGGAUGUCUGUGGAUGAUGAUAUCAGUAACAUAUAUGUAUGUUAUGAAUAGAUAAAAGUGGUUAGAUGGCUGAAGAUGGCAAAAGGAUUAUUGAUGCUAGUACCAGAUAUAUUAUUAAUUAUUAUUAUUGUUUUAAAUAUGUAACAAUGUAUUAAAUAUGUUUUAAAUAUGUAAUUAAAUGUAUAACAUUUUAAACCAAUGUUUCAUUGACGGACAACUUUUACUGGGCUUUGACCCACAUAUUUUUGUCAAACAAUAUCUUGGUGAUUAGCAUGUACAUUGCACGUGAGUAUAACCUAUAACUUUCUUAACCGUAGUCAAAAUUUCAAUAUCUUUGCAUUAUUUUAUCAGGUUAUAAUCAUUUUAGGUAAACACUGAUGAUGACUGGUAAACCAGUCGAAAACUAGUUAUGUUGUGAUUUUGAUGUGGCCCUUUUGAGGGAUUUAAGUAUACCUUUUAUACAGGAUUUUACUGUUUUUUCUUUUUUAUCAUGUUCAAUUUCGGUGUCCGGGCUGCAUGUCCUGCCCACUGUAGACGGUUUCGGCUGAUUAUAGUGGUAAUAUCUCUUCCGCCAAACGUAUGCUUGUAAAUAUUCUGUAGUUCAAAGUUAAACCAUUUCUCUAGCACCUAUUGAAAAUGGACACUUUCUGGUGAAACAAGGGGGAAUACGUAAAUUCGGUCCCAAGAAAGAUUGCGUCCAAAAUAACCAGUAAAUUGGGUCCCAAACUUUGUUUCUACCUGACACUGCAUAUGUAAAUUCGGUCCCCAGUAAAAUAUUUUAUGAGGGGUUCAAUAAAUAAUAACAUCUUGUUGGGUAUCGAAUAAUUUCUGAUAUAUUACAUAAAGUUAAAAUUAGUGUAUCUGUUCAUUAAAAUUAUUACAUUACUUAAUUCCUACAUGCUAAACAGACUAUAGCAUCUCCACAUUCUCAAAAGACACAAAAAAAGUCAUAAUGAAACCGCACAGUGAAAUGAGACACAUUUAAUGAAAUGCAAACGACUUAUUUCGUUUUUAACAUGAAUCGAUCAUUUUUGUAAUACAUUUUUACGAUUUCUAACUUUGCUGUUAAUAAUUGUGGCAUUCAAAUGUACAAAUGUAUUUUUACAUAUGUUUCAAUCUUAAACUCUUCAAGUUUAUCAGCAAAAACAAAAAUGUUUGGAUGAGAUUUGUAAAACGAAUCGUUAAAGUGUCUAUGAAAAGAUUCACUAGUAUUGGUAGUCCUUGUGAGUUCUGCUGAGUUUUCAGCCCAAACUGUAGAAGGGAAUAGUGACUCCUCAAAUAUGUAAUUAUCUAUUAAAUAAUUGCAAUACAUCUUAAUUUUUUCAUCGCCCGAAGGUGCAAUAGAGAGCAAAUCAAAUUCAUCGUACAGUUCAAUUGCGUCUAUGAAUGCUCUAAUUGAUUCUUCGGUGUUCCCUAUGUGAGGGAUCAGGUUCCCUGCUGUUUUCAGUUCGAAUUUCUCUCCCAUCUUGUCGCUGUUAUGUUCAACUUGUCUUUUCCGUAGUUCUGUUUGGACUUUUUCGAUUUUUUCUCCAAUUUUUGCAAUAAUAUCUACAAUAAAUUUGUCUUCUGCUGCCUUACAGCUGUCAACUUUGUAUACUUUAUGCACCGUCCUAAACUGUUCCGUGAUAGUCCUGAGUUUUUCGACCCAUUUAUCUGUGAUUAGCUUAUUUUUCCUUCGUUCUAUAGUGUCUUUUGUGAGAAUCUUUGCCGUUAAGUAUAUCAAAUAUAACAAAAUAUAACAUAAAAUAUUAUACUAAAAGUGUAGAGCUGCAUACCUCAAUCUAUAUGCGAACCAGAAAACUCCAUCCUUUAACUUAAGGCAGGAUCGCCAUGUGAAGUUGGAGGUUGCUAGACGAAGACACUACCCCGAACAAACAAACUUAAACUUUUUACAGAAACUUUAUUCUUAUAUAAUUAAAUGUACAAUUACAUUACGUUGACCUUGAGAUAGGUCGGGAACAACCCAUUUCUCGGUAACUAUAUCCCCUGACUACGCGUUAGAGAGUGCAACGACAACAACGAUGUCUCAGGUACUCGACCUUCCUAUUUAUAUCUGUUAUAGUUAAAAACAGUGCCAAUAUGUAUGACCAUAUAUGGUGAAGUACUAUACGUACAUUAAGAAUGACGUGUGCUUUCUUUGCAGUCUUUCAACUUUGCUACUAUCGUAAUAAAUUAUACAAAUUGCAAGUAUAAUAUUAUGACCUUAUUUUUAUAACAAAUAAAUUAGGAAAAUUCCGUGAGGGUUGUCGUGUACCAUCACACAAUCACUCACUUCAACAGGAUUUAGAAAGGUAAGCGCAAAAGUCAUUCUUAGCCAUCGUCCCGCGUCGGAGCUUUCAUCUUUGUACACAGCUGUUAGAACAAUUUGUUGAAUUUUUCUAUACCAUGCUUGCAAAAGAUGAAAUCGACAGCCUAUUACUUGAGCCAAAGGCCAAACUUGUUCUACAGUCUUAUGUAGAACCUUUUGUCAAAAUCGACAACAAUUUCACAAAUGUCUAAUGUAACGCUAUUGUUGUUACAGAUUUUUUUAACAAUAUUAAAUAACUUUUAAUAUGUCUCAUUACGUUUGUUGGGUAGUAACAAAAAAAUUAAUGGGAUAUAGUGGCCGUUAUACCGCAACAUUAGUUUGAUGUCCCAUGUGCUUAAGUUGCCACUGAAAUCCUUACCGUGUGUGAUCUCGCAUUAUGUUGCAUUAGCAGAAAACCAUUACCAAUAAACCCAGCAUAAUAUGAGAUCAUAUUAUGGUGUUGUAGGAUAUCCGUUUUGUAUCGGUGUGCUGUUAAUGUGUCCCUUUCAAUCAAGACGAGAUCCGUAUGUGCUUCAAAAAAAUCCCCGUCCAAAACCACCACCAAAAGCAACUCGGUGUGACUGAGUGCAGGCAGCAUAACGUUUUCAAGCACUUCUGUGGGCCUUUCGACCAUCUUUACCAUACAUUGACAUUCUACACUUCUGUAGCCAAUACUUUUCCCAAUCGUCUAUUGUCCAGUUGACGUGUUCGCGGGCAAAUGUAAGUCUUUUGUGAGCAGCAGUACGUAAUGGCCCCAUUGCUGUAUUGCAAGCUAUCAAAACCUGUUCUGUUCUUUGUCGAACAGUAAAACGCUGAUUACUGCACCUUGGACUUGCUAAAUAUGGCUUUGGAGCAUUUUAGCAGUUUGCAUCCGGUUUUACAAUGCAGCAAUAGUGAGACCGUGAUCUUUUAUAACUGUUAUCUUUCUUUUUGCAUACGUGCCGGGUCGCCGUUAAUGAAACUCGGUCUCAAGAGAUAGUUGGUAAGUUGUCUGCACAAUUGAACGACUAACAUUCAAUAAUCUUGCCUUGCGACAUCCCUUUGGCUUGUUCCAUUUUCCAGCAAUGUAACAAUCUGAACAGAUGAUGAUGAACUCAAAGACGAUGAUGAUAAAUCCAUUUUUUUAAAUUAUAUAUAAUGGUGGUAUUUUAAAAACUAAACUAAGAACACUAAAAAAUAUAAACAGUGUAAAAGUGAGGUUAAAGAGUUGAUUAUUCCAAUAACCGCAGAAAAUUUGUUGCUUACUUUUGACAAUUCAAAAAUUGUCUGUUCCGAUUGAGUAAUGGUUGGUACAAUAUAAUUCUAAAAUAAAACCAAAUUUGGCAAUCCAAAAAAUCAAUUGUUUAUUUGUUGGUUCAACUGGACAUCAAUCUGGAGAUUAUUAUUUUCAGUUUUUAAUGCCCAUAUAAUAAGACAGACUUUAAUAUUUGAACAUGGGGCCGAUUUUGUUUUGGUUUACAUGAGAAAAAUAUUAAAAUAACGCGUACAGACAAUUCAUUACAUAUAACUACAUAAACUGUUUUAAUUGUGCAAAAAAAUGUACUGAAAAGAGAUUGCCUUUUCUGCUAUGUGAUAUGUCAGAUGAAAACUCCAGCAUUUCAAAUAUUAUCAUGGUAUACAUUCAGCCUUUUUUAUUGUAUUAUAUGUAAAUGUAUUUUUGCAAUACAUUAAUUUUAUUAAAUAACUAAUUUAUUAA